GUUUAAGCUCGGCAACAGCCGCAGUCCCCAUUUACGGUCUUCUUCCCUCUUUCCUCGUUAUCUGCCUGCCCGCCAGUGCUAACUAGUCACAACUGAGCGUCUUCCGACUGUGGCGAUGUUUGCUUCGUCGUCUCAUUCCCAAAAGAAGCAGCCAAAGAAGCAAGAGAAAGAAUGGCUGUCCGUGAGUUUCAGGCCAGAGAAUUUCGUUCCAGGACUCAUUAUAGGUUUCCUUUUGGGAUGGUUCAUUGAUUUAUCAAAGCCCAUCAAGAGCAAUACAAGGAGGAGAAACUUUUUGCCAGGAAAGCAGCAAGAGCAGUGUCUGGUCUCAGGCGGAAGUGACCAGGACCUUAAAAUGGUUCUAGUGGUCAGGCAGGACCUGAAGAUGGGACAAGGGAAGAUUGCUUCUCAAUGUGCUCAUGCUGCCACUGGGAUGUACGGGGAGCUGAUGCAGAGUGAUCGUUUUUUACUGAGAAAGUGGGAACAAUGUGGACAACCGAAGAUUGUUUGUAUGUGCAAAAAUCAACAAGAAAUGAAUAAGUUAAGGGAAGCAGCUGAGAGCAUGGGUCUUCCAACAUUUGUUGUCGCCGAUGCUGGGAGAACACAGGUAAAGAUAUCUAUGGCUUAAUAUCACAGUGACAUAAUAUCACAGUGGCCAGCAAUGACGAUAUUAUGUUUGAAUUGAAUGGUCUUAUAUUUUCUGAUUGGAUAUGGAGCAGAUGCUUGGUCAACUUAAAGGCUGGUUAAGCUAUUAGUUUUUCCAUAGAAAUAAGUGAACAAAUGCUGUUGGUCAAAUCACAUACUGGAUCAAUAUGAGUAGUAUACAAUGGCCAUCUCAAGCAAUUGUUUACUCUUGCAAGAUUCAGAGCUCACAGAUAAUUCCUGUUAGACAUGCCUUCUAUAGAAGUGCAGGAAUGAUGAUAUAGGAUUAAACAUAAGAAAUAUAGUGCCUCAACUUUGAGAUUGCAAAACUGGGGCUCGCUCUUCCUGCCCGUAUGCUAUAUGUGGCGUAUAUAUCAGUGAAACCCCAUCUCUAAUUAGUAGUUGUACUUCGAUUUUUUGUUCAUAAUUGCUGGAAAUAUUUGGUCCCUCUCUUCCCAUUUAGCAUUAUUUCUUCAAGAUUUUCUCUGUUGUGGCUAAGAUGCUAAAGUAAUGACAAAAUACUUU